AUGAAGACGUUAUUAAUUUUGCUAGGCUUACUAUCGAUCCAGCUUAUAUCAGCCCAACUUUCACCAUCAUGUUUCACAAGAUAUAAUUAUGGCGAUGUUGUUCAAAAGUCGAUCCUGUUUUACUAUGCCCAGAGAUCGGGGAAGCUACCAGCCUAUAACCCUGUACCGUGGAGAGGGGAUUCCGCUGUCAACGAUCAGGGGGAUAAUGGUGAGGAUCUCUCUGGGGGUUGGUACGACGCUGGUGAUCUGGUAAAAUUCAACAUGCCGGCGUCCUCAGCUGUCCGAGUUCUACUCAGCGGAAUUGUCAGAUGGAAAGAUGCCUAUCAAGCUCUUGGGCAGUUAGAUUUAGCUCUAGAUUCUGUGAAAUGGGAACUGGAUUACUUCUUAAAAUGUUGGAUUGCGGAUAAAGAAAUCUACUACUAUCAGGUCGGUGAUGCUGAUAUCGAUCACAAGUUUUGGGGUCGUCCAGAAGACAUGAGUAUGCCACGCCCAGCUUUUUAUCUCACGAAAGACAAACCAGGAAGUGACGUAGCUGGUGGAACGGCUGCUACUUUUGCCGCUGGAGCCAUAGCUUUCAACAUCACAGAUGCUGUUUACUCCCAGAAGUUGUUAAAAGCAGCCGAAUCUCUGUACAAAUUUGCUGUAACUUACAAAGGAAAAUAUUCACAGACCCAUUCCGACACAGGCACCUAUUAUGAGUCAAGUGCUUAUGAAGACGAACUAUGUGUAGCGGCUGCUUGGUUGUACAAGGCUACUGGAAAUACUUUUUAUCUAACCGAGGCCAAGUUAUAUCACAGUAGUGCUACUCCGAAUAGAUUAGAUUGGGACAAUAGUCUACCUAGCUGUCAGCUGAUGCUUUAUGAGUUGACCAAAAAUGAUCUUUAUAAAGGCGAAAUUCAGAAAUUCUUAACCGUAUGGAAACCUGGAGGUAACACAACAUAUACUCCCUGUGGACUCGGUAUAUUUGAUAGAUGGGGAACAGCCCGGCAUGCUGCUGAUAAUUCAUAUGCAGCACUAUGGGCAGCUGAAUUAGGAAUAGAUCCAUUAGAGAAUAGAAACUGGGCGUUGAGUCAAAUUAACUAUAUACUAGGGGAUAAUAAUUAUAAGAUGAGUUAUGUUAUAGGAUUUGGUAAUAAAUACCCAUUAAAACCACAUCAUAGACCAAGUUCGUGUCCCGAUUUGAACAUGUAUUGUGGAUGGGAUGCAUUCUAUAGUACUGCUCCCAAUCCUCAUCGUCUGGAAGGAGCUCUGGUCGGAGGUCCUAAUAAAACUGAUGGUUGGGAUGAUGAUCGAGGUGAUUAUGUAAGAAAUGAAGUUGCUUUAGAUUACAAUGCUGGUCUUCAAUCUGCAUGUGCUGGUCUGGUUCAUAUCUGUUCCACUGGAGAACUUCCACCAAAUCCAACGCCUAAAUGUUGA